CAUCUCGACAGGCAGCUCGAUGAUCUGGGGACAAUACUUUGCAGAGGAUUUACUUGAGCACAUGUUCCAAUGAAGACCAGGAUCUAAGACACGAUCGUGUGGAUGGAACCAUGGCUGAAUUCUAUCCCUCAAUUUCUCAAUGCGCUAUCGUCGCCACGGCCUUGAAACUCCUUCUCUUUCCAGCGUACAAAUCCACCGAUUUCGAGGUACAUAGGAAUUGGCUUGCAAUUGCGCAUUCUCUUCCAGUCAAAGAAUGGUAUUUCGAGAAAACGUCCGAAUGGACGCUGGAUUACCCCCCUUUCUUCGCCUACUUUGAAUGGGUGCUCUCUCAAUUUGCCGCUUAUUUUCAUCCGAAUCUCUUGGAGGUGAGCCAGCUCGAGUACGACAGUUGGCAAACCAUUUACUUCCAGAGAGCAACGGUGAUUGCUACUGAGCUUAUUCUGGUUUACGCCCUCCAUCUUUACGUUCGAACUUCACCUUUGAUUGCAAAACAAACAGCACACGUGGCUGCAUUGUCCAUUUUGCUCUCCCCAGGCCUACUGAUUAUAGAUCAUAUCCAUUUCCAGUACAAUGGCUUUCUCUAUGGUAUCCUUAUUCUCUCCAUUGUCUUGGCCCGACGACAGUCGACGCUUCUCCUGAGCGGCCUGCUUUUUGCGGCACUCUUGUGUCUAAAGCACAUUUAUCUUUACCUGGCUCCGGCGUAUUUCGUGUACCUUCUCCGCCAGUAUUGUUUGAGCCCGAGAUCCAUCUUCCGGCCCCGAUUUGGCAAUUGCGUGAAGCUGGGAACAGGAAUCUCAGCUAUCUUUGCCACCGCAUUUGGUCCUUUCGUUUACUGGGGCCAGGUAGACCAGCUUUUGAGCAGGCUCUUCCCGUUUGCCCGUGGGCUAUGCCACGCUUAUUGGGCCCCAAAUGUAUGGGCUAUGUACUCAUUCGCCGAUCGUGUGCUCAUUCAUGUUGCGCCGCGGCUAGGUCUUCAUGUUGAUGAGACCGCGGUCCACAGCGUCACUAGAGGCCUUGUAGGCGAUACAUCAUUUGCAGUGCUGCCGAACAUACCGCCGAAGAUUACCUUUCUGCUUACCCUCGCAUUUCAGACGAUCUGCCUACUCAAGUUGUUUUUCCAGCCGAACUGGGAGACAUUUGUGGGAGCUGUUACUCUCUGCGGCUAUGCGUCAUUCUUGUUUGGCUGGCACGUGCACGAGAAGGCUAUUCUUCUGGUGAUUAUCCCUUUUAGUCUCCUGGCUCUUCGAGAUCGACGAUAUCUAGGCGCGUUCCGUCCGCUAGCCGUGGCCGGGCACGUGUCUCUGUUUCCACUCCUGUUCACGGCGGCGGAAUUUCCAAUCAAGACCGUCUAUACUGUAUUUUGGCUCGUAACAUUUCUUUUUGCCUUUGAUCGGCUCGCGCCGGUAUCAUCUCGGCCGAGGGUCUUCCUGCUCGACAGAUUUUCGCUCCUUUAUAUCACGGUAGCGAUCCCACUUAUUGUCUAUUGCUCCAUGGUCCAUGAACUGGUCUUUGGCAAGCGCUAUGAGUUUAUUCCACUGAUGUUUACAAGUUCAUAUGCGGCAAUCGGAGUGGUUGGGAGCUGGAUUGGGUUCCUUGUCGUUUACUUCACAUCAUAGAAUUUCAUGCGUGGAACAGUGAUACCAACUCCAAUAGAAGAAUUUAUCCACGAAGAAGUCUGAUUAAUAUUCCAAAAAAACUAGUUGUAUCCUAUCGCAUACGCUGCUCGUCGUCGGCGCACUGUGAGCGGAUCGGCGGCAGGAGAAUGGAUGAAAAAAGCGCGUUGUCAGGGG